AUGGAUGGACAAGAGGAUCAGAUAGCAGAUGCAGCAGUGGACUUUUUUAAGAACCAGUUUAAAGAAGGAGAUGAAGCUGAUAGCUAUGAGAUUCUGAAUGAGAUACUAGUAAUGAAUAAUGAUGAUCAAAAAGAAGAAAUCCAAAAAUGCCCCAGCAAGGAAGAGUUAAAAACAGCAGUAAUGAGACUUAAUAGACAUAGUGCUGAAGGUCCAGAUGGAAUGACGGGAGCCUUUUAUCAAGACACAUGGUAUAUUGCAGGAGAUGACAUUUGCAAUAUGAUAAAAUCUUUCUUUUGUGGGGCUGAACUAUCCAAAUUCGUAACCCACACAAACUUGGUUCUCUUACCAAAGAAAUUGGUGGUGAAUACCUUUUUGGACAUGAGGACCAUUUCAUUGAGUAAUUUUGUGAACAAGAUCUUCUCAAGAAUUAUUCAUGAAAGAAUAGAGGUAGUUCUCCCAUAUAUUAUAUCACCAGAGCAUGUAGGAUUUGUACAAAGAAGAAGUAUAGCAGAAAAUGUGUUAUUGGUGCAGGAAAUAAUUACAAAAAUAAGGAAAAGAGGAAAGCCUCCUAACCUGGUCAUAAAAUUAGAUAUGAGGAAGGCAUAUGAUAGGUUGGAAUGGAUAUAUCUUGCAAAAGUGUUAAGAAGAAUGGGAUUUGGAGAAAGGUUAAUUGACAUGGUGUUUAGAUUGGUUGGAAAUAACUGGUAUUCUAUUUUGUCGAAUGGUCAACCUAAAGGUUUUUUCCAAUCGUCUAGAGGGAUGAAGCAAGAGGAUCCUCUGUCAUCAACCCUCUUCAUUAUAGCUGCUGAAGUGAUAUCCAGAUCUCUGAAUUCAUUGAUGAAAAAGAAGGAGUUUAAACCUUUUGGAAUGCCAAGAGGAAGCCCAAAAUUAAACCAUAUGGCAUUUGCGGAUGACGUGAUAAUACUAUGUAAAUAUGAAAUUCAAACAUUGCAGAUAGUGAGAAGGGUGCUGGAAGGAAAUGACAAAUUAUCGAGACAAAAAAUUAAUAAAGAGAAGAGUUCUAUAUAUCUUCACCAAAAUGUAUCACAGGGGAGAUAUAGUAGUAGCAGAAGUAGCAAUAGGUAUUCUGAGGAAGGACUUUACUUUCACCUACCUAGGAUGUCCUAA